GAAGGUAGAGAGUAUAGAUAAGAUAAAUUACAUAUAUAGAACCAAAAUCUGCUUCCAUAUUAUUACGUAAUAUAGUAAAUAUCAUUCAUUUCGCUGGUUAGCGUUUUUCAUAGGAACCAAGGACAGUCCUGAACGGGAUAUAAUGAGUAAGAAUGAAUCAGAUUCAUCAUGUCAAUACACACAUUUCGAUGCAAGGAAGCCAAGUUCGUCAGCUCUUGAGGAGAUCCUGAAAGAAAUUGGUGAGACUGAAGAGUCCAGAAUCCAUGGUUUAAAAGAAGUUAGAAAGAAAUUAAAAGAACUGGAAGGUAUAGAAGCCUGUCUGGAUGAAGAUUUCCUCCUUCGGUUUUUAAGAGUUGAAUCGUUCGAUUCUGCGAGAGCUUUGGAACGAUUAAAAAAUUUCUACGACAUGCAAGAAGAGAUGCUAGAAAUGUUCAAACACUGCUCCAUUGAUGCCACUGUAGUCGAAAGUAUGUCUUACUUUUGGGCACUACCUUAUCGACCGAAAAACAACUCAGUUUUACUUGCUGUCACAAUGGGAGUACCUGAUUUUUCGAAGAUGACAUUUGACGAGAAAUCUUAUUUAGAUUUAAUAGCAAUAAACUCUCUGCUAAUGAAUCCUCUGACUCAAAUGUCCGGAAUUAGUUUGAUAUUUGACUGGUCUGGAUUUCACAUGAGUUCAUUCCUAGCUUUCAAGCCCGUCAGCGUCAUACGACUGAUGAAUCAUAUGCUGAAAUCAUUACCAGUGCGCAUCAAAGAAAUUCAUGUCGUCAACAUUCACGCAAUAUUUCGCGUAGUUUGCAACUUUUUCUAUUUUGUACUGCCGAAAGAAUUAAGAAGUUGUGUAUUUUUCCACCCGAAUGAUGAUUGGAAAAGUCUCCACCAAUUUAUCCCUCCAGAAAUUCUUCCUGAAGAAUACGGAGGACAUUUAAAGCAGUCCAGUAUGAUAAACCUUCUAGAAGAUGUGAAAAAGUUGGAAAUGCAAUUUGGCGAGUUAUUCACAUUUGGCUACGUGAAAACGAAAAACAUUCGCCAAUCUCUUAAACUAAUAAAAUGAGGGAAAGACUCAAGAUUAUCUUAAUCCAUCCCAUGAGAAGUUGGUAACUAUGAAGACGAACAUUUGUAUUCAAACAAUCUAAUAUUGUAGAUGGUCGAGACCUUUUAUAACUUCAUUAUGAGAUAGAUGAAAAUAAUAGAUGAGUUUCAGGAAUUAUUUUCUAAGUUCCACAUUUCAGAAGAUAAAACAAACACAAAGACGAAAAAUAAUAGAUGAGUUUCAGGAACAGUUAUUUCAUUAUUUUCUAAGUUCCACAUUUCACAAGAUAAAACAAACACAAACACGAAAAUAAUAGAUGAGUUUCAGGAACAGUUAUUUAAUUAUUUUCUAAGUUCCACAUUUCACAGGAUAAAACAAACACGAACACGAAAAUACACGACAUUCAUGAGAAUACAAUCUAAUAAGACCCCAAGAAAAAUCACGGGAAAUAUCUUAAUGUUAAUAAGGUAACGCCAUCUGUUGUAUCAAAAGAGAAGGUAGUAGAGUUGUGUAACCACUGCAAUAUAUGAUUGAGCUGGCAACGUGCUAACCUAAUUUAGUUAUUGAAAUAAUAGUGUAAGAAAUAAAUGAAAUGAAAAAAGUAUAUUAAAAAUAUUAAUGAUUUUUAUUUGAAUUUUUCAUGUUCAAUGUUUAUUAAAUUUUAAUAAGAGACAAAAAAUCUUGGUUUUUUUUCAACAUUAUACUAUGU